CACAAACGCAUCCACAUAACCACACACGCACACACACACAAACGUGCACACACUGAACCGAGCUAGAAAAACAAUGUCCAAGAUAAAUACGGAGCACUGUUAUGAAGAAUCUACGGACCCAUAAUUUGCUGCCAAUUUUGGCUCUGGCAAGUUUCUUCAGCAAGAUAAGUGGAUCGAUCUCUCUUCGCCCAGUGCUUACUGGUCCUGACAUGGCCUACCUUGGCUCGGGGGUGGCUUUCCGGUGUAAUGCACCUCACUCCUCUCUGCCAGUCACCUACGAGCUGCUGCUGGAGCUGGACGAUGGUGAUGUUGUGAUUGACACAGCCGCUGAUCUCCAAGAAGACCAACGUGCUUUGUUCUUCCUGAAAGUUGCUGCAACAUCAGAGGGGUCGUACCACUGUAAAGCCACGGCAGGAGAAAGCACAGGAGUCAGCAACAGCAUCAAGCUGAGUGUAGUCACUCCAGCAUCGAACACCAGAGUGACUUCUGAACCCUUCCCCCCCGUGGUAUAUGAGGGGUCACACAUCGUACUGAGCUGCAACGUCUCAAAGGGGUCCCACCUUUCCUACACCUGGUUUUUCAACAGGAGGGAAGUGACGUCUUCAACCUCUCCCCUUCUUCACCUCACUGGUAACAAGCUAGUGAUGAAGAAUGUGACUCCAGAACAUGCGGGAUGGUAUUCUUGCAUGGCUUGGUCCACGGUGCAGGACACCAGGAGGUUUUCCAGCAGCUUUGAGUUCCAGGUGACAGUCAAAGUCUACGUUUCCAAGCCAAGAAUCUCUUUCUCAAUCUUGAAAGAGGGAGCCAGUCACCGUGCAAACGUGACCUGCUGGUCAACAAGAGGGAGUCUCCCAGUCAACAUCUCGCUUUUAAUAGAUGACGAAGAGGUGGGAUCUGUCACAGCUACUGAAUCCCUCACUGCCUGGUUCCCUGUCACCAUGGUGCCCGGGCAGGACAUGGGCAUGGCUCAAUGUCGGGUGAAUACUGAGGUGCAGAAGUUGAUGAGUGAUCCUGUGACUCUGGAAGUGGUCCCAGUCAGAGGUGAUGCGAAAGUGGAGGUUGAAUAUCUCUACAGCGCUGACUCCAAACUGGCUGCUGCCAGGUUGAGCUGUCAAGUCAGCAGAGGAACCUUCCCUUACGUCUCCUGGCUCUUGAAUGACUCUGUCCUUCCCCCUGAGACAUAUAUGGACUCCCAUAUUCAGUCUGUCUUGUCUCACUAUGCUCUAUCUACACAUAGACAAACCCUUGUUCUAGCCACGCUCCGUCCAGAGGAGUCUGGGCAUUACCGCUGCAGGGCCAGGGACAGCUAUGAUGACUCCGGGCCCUGGGUGGAGAGUGCAGCUGUGUGGGUCCAAGCAACAGACAGGAUCCUUUGCUCCAUGCCUCGAGCAACAUCUGCCACUGAAACACUACCAAAGGUUUCCAUGAACACCACAGAGGUCAUUACCAUAGUGUUCUGCUGCUUCCUUCUUCUGAUGUUGGCAGUGGGUGUAGGCUGCGUGUACAAGAUGUUUGAACACAAGCAAGCUCAUGCCCACAUUGUCACAACAAAUUCUGGCGCACUUCCUCAGUCUGCACCCAGGUCCCAGUCAGGAAGCAAAGAGGAAGAUACUUCGUCUAUAGACUUCGAUGUUCAGAAUGAGAUCGUAGAGAUCACAGUCCACUUGUUAGCAACCACCUUCUGUAAGGCACUUAAAAGCUUCAAAAUUUACAAGCAAGGGUUGUGCUACUGUCUCAAGGAGAGCAGUCAGGUAACUCUGGAGCGUCCAGUACUUAUUGGCCCUUCAGAGGCAUUGGUGAAAAGCGCUGUAGAGUUUGAGUGUGCACUGAAUACCUACCCAUGGAAUGACACUGUCCUGUUCCAGUUAUAUAAGGAGGAUAACCAUGACAAGUUGCUGGGCGAAUACUCCUCCAUGGAUAGGGUGGCUGCAGUCAUCCCCAUCUUAGUCAAAACUUACCAUGAGGGCAAUCUGGAGUGUGUGGCCAAGGCUCAGAACAACUCUGACAUAGAGCCCACUGUCAGCUACACACACUAUCUGAAGGUUAUUGAACCAGUAAAAGGUGCAAAGAUCGACAUCCUUUCAGGUCCAGUGAAGUUUUUUGAGGGGAAGACACUGAAGCUACGCUGUAAUAUUACCGCUGGAACUCACGUUUCCUACAAGUGGCUGCUGAAUGGUCGGCCUAUCUCUCAGUCUCCUCUCCACCAUUUUGCAAAUGACAGUCUCUGGAUAGACAGGACUACUUCCAAAGACAGCGGCUCCUACAAGUGUGUCGCCACCAACAACUUCAACAACACCCAAUUCUUCACCACAAACAGCUCUGAAGUUUUAAUCACAGUCAAAGACGUGGUGUCAGUCCCUGACAUCUCCUUCACCGUAUCAAAGGAAGAUUCCCAAUAUUCUGCCAUAGUCGCCUGUCAGUCAACCAAAGGGGCUCUGCCUAUCACAUUUUCACUAUACAACAGGACAGAAUUGGUUGCCAGUUUGACAGCUGAAGAGACAAAUGCUGCAUUUGAGGUUCCAGUGGUCUUGGACAGGCACUUGGGAUGGCUGCAGUGCCAGGCAAACAAUGGAGACCGGACCCAAUACAGUGAAUGGAUUCCCCUUGAAGUUGUCCCGGUUGGUGGGCCUGUGAAGAUGCAUUACGACUAUGACACUGGAGAAAACUACGCUGUGACCAGCCUGAGGCUCUACUGCAAGGCGGCGAAGGGAUCUUUUCCACGAUACCAGUGGUUCAUCAACACAACCCUCCUACAUGACCGAGGAAGCUUCUACUAUGUGGUCAACCAGCUCCCAGAGCAGUCUGUACUCCUGCUGUCUGUAGGGAGGAGCAGCACCGGAACGUACCACUGUGAAGUGUCAGACAGCUUUGACAACACCACCGCCAUAAGCAGCAAGAGGCGGUACUUGGAUAAAGACGUGCUGAAUCGCCUCCCUACCCUGGUGGUGGCCGUUGUCUUUGGAUGUUUCACAGCCCUGAUUCUCCUGGUCUCCGUCUGUUGUUUGGUUGGAGUGAUGUUCAGGCGAAGGGUGUACGGAGACAAGUCUCUGAGCUUGGAGAUGGAGAAAAUGGUGGCUGCAUAUGAGGGAGAGCUGGAUUUGUCAGACUACAGUGAAGAUGCUGAUGUUGUGGUGGCAGCCAGAGAGGGUGAAUUUGAUCAGGCUUCUGAGGCCUCUGCAGAUGAAUGUCCCCAAAUUGAGGAAGAGAAGAAGACCUUGGAGGACAAACCAGUUGAGGGACCCUGAGGGGUCAAACUGCUGUAAACACAGGCUGUUGUAGUUAAAUAAACAUCUGCUCAUGAUGCUUUGUGCUGUCACGUCUUUUCAGUGUGAUGAACUGGGUUAUCUAUGUCAGCAGUGUUUGUGGUGGUAAAAUAAUGUUAACAGUCACAUGAUCCUGGCUCCUAAGGGACUGUUCUUUACUUGUCAGAGGAGCAGGGUGGCUCGGAUGUGACUGAUUUUUUUGUUGUUUUUUUUUAUUCCCGGAGCAACAGGUAUUUUUCCCUGAGCCUCCCUGAGUGACCAGCGGAAAAUGCAUGAUCCUCCCUCCACCAUGAAUUAGUUAUUAGAUUUUUAAAUCGUACACCUUGAUAUUUGAAAAUUAAACAUUAAAAGCUGAUAAUGUAAUCCUGAAGUAAUGUUGUGUAUGCUGGUUAGUUUGUGCAAAUGAGACAUAGAAUAAAGUGAUUUUAAUGAAA